UGCGCGCUGUGACGUGCCGGGCGCCAUGUUGGAGGGCUGGUGGUAGCCGCUCGGGGAGGUGCUCGCUCUCUCGGUCUCGCUCCGUCGCUCGCUUCCCCCGGCUCCCUUCGGUGCCCCCCCCAGUCGCCUGCGUGCCGGAGUGUGUGCAAGGGAGGGGGUGGGCGUCGGGGGGGUGGGGGGAGGCGCUCCGGUCCCCGGGAGACCCGCGAAGGGGAGGCUGAGGCUGCGAGGGACUUCGGGAAGCCAUGGACGUCGAGAGGCUGCAGGAGGCGCUGAAAGAUUUUGAGAAAAGGGGGAAAAAGGAAGUUUGUCCUGUCCUGGAUCAGUUUCUUUGUCAUGUAGCCAAGACUGGAGAAACAAUGAUUCAGUGGUCCCAAUUUAAAGGCUAUUUUAUAUUCAAACUGGAGAAAGUGAUGGAUGAUUUCAGAACUUCAGCUCCUGAACCAAGAGGUCCUCCAAAUCCUAAUGUAGAAUAUAUUCCCUUUGAUGAGAUGAAGGAAAGAAUACUGAAAAUUGUCACUGGAUUUAAUGGUAUCCCUUUUACUAUUCAGCGACUAUGUGAAUUGUUAACAGAUCCAAGGAGAAACUAUACAGGAACAGACAAGUUUCUCAGAGGAGUAGAAAAGAAUGUCAUGGUUGUAAGCUGUGUUUAUCCUUCGUCAGAGAAAAAUAAUUCCAACAGUUUAAAUCGAAUGAAUGGUGUUAUGUUUCCUGGAAAUUCACCAAGCUAUACUGAGAGGUCUAACAUAAAUGGGCCUGGAACACCUAGGCCACUUAAUCGACCAAAGGUUUCUUUGUCAGCCCCCUUGACAACAAAUGGUUUGCCUGAAAGUACAGAAAGCAGAGAGUCAACCUUACAGCAAAAUGAAGAGAAAAAUCACAGUGAUUCUCCAGCAUGUGAAUCAGAAGUUUCUUCCAUGAGCACUAUAAAAAAUAAACAUCCGGAUGGAGAAGAUGCUGUGGAAUCUGAGGGGCAUGAAGUAAAAAGACUCAGGUUUGACAAAGAAGGUGAAGUCAGAGAGACAGCCAGUCAGACAACCUCCAGUGAGAUUUCGUCAGUUAUGGUAGAGGAAACUGAAGCGUCGUCUUCACCUCAGGAUAAAGACAAAGAAAGUUGUACCAGGCACUGUUCAGAAGAGGAUGAAGAAGAGGAUGAAGAGGAAGAAGAGUCUUAUAUGACAUCAAGAGACAUGAUCCCAGAAAGGAAAAAUCAAGAAAAAGAAUCUGAUGAUGCCUUAACUGUGAAUGAAGAGACUUCUGAGGAAAAUAAUCAGAUGGAGGAAUCAGAUCUGUCUCAAGCUGAGAAAGAUUUACAUUCUGAAGGUAGUGAAAAUACAGGCCCUGUAAGUAGUAGUUCAGACUGCCGUGAAGCAGAAGAGUUAGGCUCCAAUUCCAGUAAAACUGGAGAUAGUCUCUCAGAAUCAUCCAUGGAAAAUGAUGAGGAAACCUCAGAAGUCACAGAUGAACCAAUGGAGCAAGACUAACUACUUAGAAACAUUUAGAUACAGUAUUUUACAUACAGUUCUGGUUUUACACUGUAUUAAAAAAACUUUUAUGUAAUAAAGUGGACCUUUAGUUUUACAAGAGAAGCAGGUUGUAAAAUAAAGUACUUUAAGGAUAAAUCCUCAAA